AUGUCAACCCCCAAAAUCCCCAUCACAGUAAUAACCGGCUUCGUGGGCUCGGGAAAAACAACAAUGAUCUUAAACCUCCUCCCCCAACUCCGCGCCCAAAACCCCUCCUACAAACUCGCCCUGAUCAAAAACGAAAUCGGCGACUUGAACGUCGACUCCCAACUCGCUGCUGCCGCCGAGAUGACCGGCGUCUCAGAACUACUGGGAGCAUGUAUUUGCUGCACAAAUGUUGGUCAGAUAGGAGAUGCGUUGAAAGAGUUGGAUGAGACGUAUGCGCCAAACAGAGUUAUCAUUGAGACGUCUGGGUCAGCGGAGCCCAUUAAAUUGAUGGUCGAGUUGAAGAGGUUGGCGGGGGAGACGGGGAGGUAUGCGUUGGAUGGUGUGGUUAGUGUGAUUGAUGUGGAGAAUUGGGAUGGUUAUGCGUCCACGUCGUAUACGGCGAAACUGCAGGCUCAGCAGACCGACUUGAUUGUCUUGAACAAGUGGGAAGGUCUGUCCGAGAUGGCGUUUGAGAGGACGUUGGAUAAGCUUGGAGAUAUGGACGUGGAUACACCGCAUGUCAAGAGUGACAAGGGCUGGAUCAGCAAGGACUUGCUGUUUGGCAUCGACGAGAGAAUGGCUAGGGAUUGGGUUGCUCUGAACCAGCAACACGGCCACGAUCACAAGCAUGAGCAUGGAGAUGGACACAAACACGAUCACAACGAAGAGAUGGAAGCUUUGAGCAUUACUCUCACCUCGGCCUCUCCUUCAACUGCAUCUCUGGACACAACCAAGCUCGCCAACCUCCUCAAGUCAGCACCCAAAGACGAAGUCUACCGCAUCAAGGCUGUCCUACGCACGACGCAAACACCCUCGAACAGCGAUGGCACACCCGCAGAUGAAGGCGUCGAAUCCACAACACUCAAGAGAUAUAUCCUCAACUGGAGCUUCGGCCGCUGGAUGUGGACAUUGGAUCAGACGGAGACGAAAGAGGAACAUGUACUGAGGAUGAGCAUCUUCACCGGCCGCUACGAGAGCAACAAGUGGCUAAAGAGGAUUGAGGCCAAGACCUACACCGCUCUGACCGAUGGUUCUGACUUUGAGCUCGAGGUCAAGCGUGUGUUGUAG